AAAUGUCGUCAACCACUUCCAAAACGGACCCGGCAUGGAAUUAUUUUGAAGCUGAUCCUAAUGAUAGAAAUACCACCACAUGUAAAUUUUGUCGUAAAGUAACAAAAGGUGGUAUAUUUUGGGCGAAACAACAUCUUGUGGGCGGUUUUAGGAAUACUAAAGCUUGUCCAAAAUGUCCUCCAUCAGUAAAAGAAGAGAUUGGAGAGUACAUGCAAAAGAAGAAAAAUAACAGGGAUGAGCGAAAUAUAGCAUCGUUAGAUGAUGAUAUUCAAUUUGGUGAAGGGUAUGAUGAUGAUGAUGAUGAGCAGCUGCCUCAAAGUAGAAAAAGACCCAAUGUAUCUACCGGAAGUGGAAGCGGUACUGGUAGUAUUGGUAGUGUUAAAGGGCCAACACAAAAAGGUCCACUUGAUGUUUUUCUUAAAGACCCAGAAGUUAAUGUGUUGAAAAGCAAGGGCAAAGGAAAGCAAACAAGGUUGGGUGAGCAUGAUUUUGCAAAAAAAGAGUUAAGAGCUCGAGUUUGUAGAAGCUUUGCACGAUGGAUGUAUGAUGCAGGCAUUCCAUUCAAUGCAGUGACAUAUGACAGUUUUAAAGUAUUUAUAGAAGCAGUUGGUCAGUAUGGUCCGGGUGUGAAGCCGCCUAGUUACCAUGAAGUCAAGGUUCCCCUUCUCAAACAAGAGGUGGAAGCCACUCGUGAAAUGAUGAAAGAUCAUGAAGAGGCGUGGGCCAAAUAUGGAUGUUCCAUUUUGUCAGAUGGCUGGAAAGACAAGAGGGAAAGGACAUUGAUUAACUUUUUAGUCAAUUCUCCUAAAGGAAGUACGUUCUUGGAGUCUGUUGAUGGUUCUAGCUAUUCAAAGACUGGGGAAAAGAUGUUUCAAUUAUUAAGUAAAUGUGUGGAAAAGAUUGGAGUAAGAAAUGUGGUGCAAGUGGUCACCGAUAGUGCUUCAAACAAUGUUUUAGCAGGAAGAUUUUUGGAGGCAAAAUAUCCUACGUUGUUUUGGACACCAUGUGCAGCGCACUGUUUGGAUUUAAUGUUGGAAGAUAUUUUCAAGUUACCUAAUAUGAAGAAGACAUUUGAGAGAGCUGUUAUGGUGAAUAGCUAUAUCUAUACUCGUUCGGGUCUAGUAAACAUGCUUAGAAGGUUUACUGACAAGAAAGAGUUGUUGAGGCCUGCAAAAACACGGUUUGCAACUGCCUUUAUCACUUUGGGCAGGAUGCAUAGUCUGAAAAGCAACCUUAGAAGGAUGUUUACCUCCGAGGAGUGGAUGACAAGCAAGUGGGUAAAAGAAGCGGGGGCUAAAAAGGUUGUAGAAGUGAUUUUGAUGCCUUCAUUUUGGAACAAUGUUGUAUUUGCUUUAAAGGUGGCUGGUCCAUUGGUGCGUGUAUUGCGCUUAGUGGAUGGUGAGAAGAAGCUUGCUAUGGGAUACAUAUAUGAGGCCAUGGAUAGGGCCAAAGAAGCGAUUGCUAACUCUUUUAAUGGGGAUGAAAAGAAGUAUGCACCCAUUUUUCAGAUUAUUGAUAAUCGAUGGGAUGUUCAGCUUCAUCGCCCCUUGCACGCAGCUGGUUGGUACUUGAACCCAGAAUAUUUUUACAAGGCUGAACGUAUAGAUCCAGAGAUCAUGACUGGCUUAUAUGAAUGCAUUGGAAAGUUAAAUCCAGAUAUAAAGGUUCAAGACCAAAUUGAUGCUGAGCUUUCGAUGUAUAACAAUGCAGAUGGGUUCUUUGGAAACUAUAUGGCUAUUAGAAAGAGAGCUGAGAAAUCACCAGCUGAAUGGUGGGCUUCAUAUGGAAUGUCAACACCCACGUUGCAAAAAUUUGCAAUUAAAAUUCUUAGCUUGACUUGUAGUUCAUCUGGGUGUGAACGUAAUUGGAGUGUGUUUGAAAAUCUUCAUACUAAACGGAGAAACAGGCUUGAUCAACUUCGUUUAAACGACUUGGUGUUUGUGAAAUACAAUAGAGCAUUGAGGCGUCGAUAUCAAAUGCGUGAUACCAUUGACCCUAUCAUAUUAACCGACAUUGAUGAAAGCAAUGAAUGGUUGACUAGAAAACUUGAUGAGGAGAAUGAUAAAGAUGAUGAAACUGUUUUUCCAGAUGACAUUGGGGAUGGGUUGACAUGGAGUAAUGUUGCUGCGGCUGCAGGAGUUGGAGAGCCUAGUUAUCAAUUUAGAACUAAACAAACUCGAUCACAAUUGGGAUCAACUUCGAUUUCGACUUCAAAGCGGCGAGUAACUCAAGAGAUUGAAGAGGAGGAAAGUGAGGCAGGGACCGAAGAUGAUGAAGACUUGGAAGAGGGAGAAGAAUUGAGAGAUGAAGAAGAAGAUGAAGGGGUGAUUGAAGGGGAUGAUGAAGAUAUUGACCUUGAUGUUGAUGAUCUCCUUGAUGAUGAUUGAUUAAAAAACUUUUUUAUAUUGAUUGUGGACUUGUAGUGUUUAUGUGUUUGUUUAGAACUUAGCAUUAUAAUUGGUGCUUGGUAAAGUUUAAGACUUUAAGUUUGAACUUUGAUGAUGUUUCUAGUUUAGAAUUUGCAUGAUGAAUGAAUUAACUUUGAUGUUGUUAGUUUAUAGAAUUUGAAGAUAAUGAAUCAUGAAUGAUAUGAAUGUGUUAUUAUUGAUAAUUUGAUAGUUGUUUAUGAUUUUACAAGAUUUUGAGUUUUUUUCCUAAAAGGUGCGCCUCGCUUCGCAAAGGCGCGCCUCGCCUCGUGCGCCUCGCGCCUCAGGCUCCAGGACCUUUUGCGCCUCGCUGCGCCUCGCGCCUUUCAGAACUAUGCGG